CGACAACACGUAAAUCGCGAUCAUCAUAAAAACAUGAUGACUAUACGAUGCGGAAAAAACAAAAUAGAUGUGUCUGGAAAAUUAUAAAUACUGCAGGCCUCGUGGUUAGCGGCGCUUUGAUGAUUAAGGAAAAUUGAAAUCAUCACCAGCGGUAAUAAGUGACAAGACACAGUCAAGUGCCGUGAAUUACUAGCAAACUCAGCGAAUCCACCCGAGAGUUGAUAGGGUGAGCGAGUGACUGGUGAUCGUGAACAGACAUCUCAGCUGAUGCAUCAACUUUAUGGAACAAUCUUUGCCUUUCUUAGAAGUCAUCGUCCAUAACAAGUGUCUAAAAGCUCGCAGGAAAUCUCAGAGAAUUGUGCCUGUAUCGACGGUUAACCGAAGUCACAUAUCCUUAAUUAUCCUACGGUUCCCCUAGACAGUCCAACGUAUCCCAAAUGAAGAACCGUAAACGUAUAUACGUAAUAUGUAUGAUUGCGAUCAUAUUAUUCUUACUGCGAUCUUUCCCGAAGAUGGACAUUUCCACGUGGAGUUUGCUAUUAAUGAACGAUGACGAGGCUGAUUUCCUAAGAACAUGGGCCAGGAUACAACGAACUCAACUAGACGUCACUGAACUCCUCGGGUCGUGCACGGAAUGCGUGGAACAGAAAUGUAGAAAUAUAAAUCCUCAUGAAAAAACUGAUGUGAAGACCAGCUAUAUCUCCAAACAAGUAAUUCAACCCAGUGGAGACUUUAGUCGUGUGUAUAUUAAAACAAAAAAUGCGAAUGGUUCUUAUCGUGUUUCUGGUGGCGAUGGUUGGCAGGUUUAUUUCAAAGGACCAUCAUAUCUUACUUCUUCAGUAUUUGAUCUUGGGAACGGUACUUACGAAGUAGUUUUUCUGCCUGUUGUUCCCGGAGAAUAUAAACUUUAUGCAUAUCUUAUUUAUACUGCUUGUUCUGGCGUCAGAAGACCACCUGAGGCACAGACAAGUUUAGGCAAGAUGAAAUAUCAUGUAGAAAUUCCUGAUGGAAGAGGAGACACUCUCCUUCACCGACUUCAAUAUCACAUGAAGUUUCGUGAUUGUUACGGAACGAGCUCGUUGUUUCAGUAUCAGCGCUGUUACGGUUGUUGUCGCGGUUGCCGUUUCGUUUGGAACGGUUUGGGCACCUGGGAAAAUGUCAGAGGCUCCUUCAAAUGGAGGCCUUACAUCAAAAUUGAUGACAGGCCAAAAAAGGUGAAAUAUCGUAAACGUGCAAUACGAAAGAAUGGAACUCUUUGGUUCUUUGGUGAUCCGCAGGCGAGGAUUUACAACGCUGUCAGUCUUGGUCCGCUUUGUUCAAACAUUUUCAAAAAUUGUGAAAACGCGAGUUUAUUUUAUCCCAGUGAAGAUUUGACGAAAUUAAGCAGCAGUCGCAUCACAGAUCUCGUCCUAAACAGUCUGAGAACUUUACUCAACUAUUCAUUAUGGCAGCCACAGAAUGCAUUGAUAUUAAAUGCAGGUUUUAUAAAGCACUUACCAUAUCAUAGCUACACAAGGCUGAUAAGUCAAAUAUCACACUUACUACAGGAUACUUUCAACAAUACAUCCCACGCACAAGUUAUUUGGAGUACUUUGAUGCCACCAGCAACCUGUUGCAGCCUGGGUUACCGUAUUUACAAUGCAUUUACAAAUAAAAAGUUGUGUAAAGCCAAUGUGCCAAUAUUGGACCUAUUUUCUUUAAUGGACAGUCAAUCUCAUUCUUUGAACAAAGACAAAUUGAGAACAAACUCAACUUUGGAAUCUGUAGAGAGAUUAUUGGUUGAUUAUUUUGAGCUGACAGCUGAUAAAUAGCUUAGUAGAUUGAGUUUUGUAUGUUUGUAAAUAAUUGUAAAUAAAAGUUAUAUAGUAGUUUUAUAUUUUUGCAGUAACGUUGAGGUAAGAAAGAUCCCAAUUUUGGUUUGUGGAAGAACCAUUUAAAAAUAAAAAAUGUUGAUGCAACUUUGUCAGAAAAAUAAAUGUUUAUAUUUUUUCA